AUGUCUUCUCCCGGCGUCCGUCUCCACUUCCCCGAUGAUCACCACGUAAGACUCUCCCCCCACCCCCUCGCAGUUCAGUUGUGGAUCUAUCUUAUCUUCAUCCUGAUCGCGGGAAUGCCCAUCGAGGUAAACCAUGCUAUGUGUUUGUAUAAUUGUGCCAAAGAGAAAUGAACUGUUGAGAUCUCAUCGCGCGACCUGCGGGUGCAGGUGGUCCUGGACAACGGCAUCCUCCAGCUGACGUUGUUGAACCCCGAGGGGAUAGUCACGGGAGUUCGCUACAACGGCGUCGAUAAUCUCAUGGAGGUGCUCAAUGGAGAAUCCAACCGGGGGUAUGUCACAUCCGGCACUCUUCCUCUCUUGGCGAAUUUCCGUUUAUUUUGGUUAGAUCAAGCGAGAAGCUAAAUAAGACUUUCUCAUUCGUAUCGAACAGAGGGACCCAUUGGUGGUUUGGUUGAUUGUCUUUGUUUGCAGCUAUUGGGACCUUGUCUGGAACGACCCCGGCGGUCCAGGAAUCUUCGACGUGUGAGAACAUCGUCUCAAGGCUGUCGAUGAGAAAUAUUCUAUCUCUUCUUUGAUUGAUUCCGAUAGUACACGGUUCGUAAUACUAUCUACGUACCUUGGUAGCAUUAAAGGCACCGAGUUUAGAGUCGCCCAAGAAGAUGAAGAUCAGGUGGAGGUUUCCUUCACGAGAAGCUGGAAUGGCUCCCUCGAGGGAACCAAGCUCGUUCCCCUGAACAUAGACAAGAGGUACAAACCAUAUAAUGUAUUAAUAUCACAUAAUAUCCUGAUCCACACCGUAAAUCCCAUCUUCUUAUUCCUUCGCUGAUCAUGUCUCCCCCGGAUCACGGAUUCAUUUCUUGGACAGUUCUAAAUAGCUAAGAUCAGCGCAGGUUUGUAAUGCUCCGUGCCUGCUCGGGGUUCUACACCUACGCAAUCUACGAACAUAUGGAAGGAUGGCCCGACUUCAACCUCGGGGAGACGAGGGUCGCCUUCAAGCUCAGGAAGGACAAGUAUGUUGAUUACGCUGGCCGUCCAUCUCAAACUCACCUGAUAACGAGUAGAAUAAGUCCAUUUAUUUACUUAAUCACGGGUUUCAUUUUUCUCGCAAACCAUAUGAGAAUAAUCUUCAUUUUCUCGGAUAACUCCCAAGACAAAUGCCGUACAUAAUUGCGAUCUCCAUUUUUCCGGCUAGUAACAGCCUUCUUCUUCCGAGCCCCAGCGGAAGAAGAGCUAGGGGGAGAACUAGUCCUCUGGACCCUCUUCAAUGCUUAACAAGGUUUCUUCAUGUCUGUGUAUUCUCCAGGUUUCAGUACAUGGCCAUAACCAGUGACAGGCAGAGGAUAAUGCCCAUGCCGGAGGACCGACUCCCGGGACGUUGCCAGCAGCUAGCAUACCCGGAAGCGGUCCUCUUAACGAACCCAAUCAACCCGGCCCUCCGGGGGGAGGUGAGUUGACUCGAUUUGGGUUUCUCCGUCAACAUGGAUGGGCUGGUUUGACCCUGGCCCUGAGCAGGUUGAUGACAAGUACCAGUACUCGUGUAACAACGAGGACAACAAGGUCCAUGGAUGGGUGAGCUCCGAUCCGCCGAUCGGGUUUUGGCAGAUCACGCCGAGUGACGAGUUCCGAACCGGCGGCCCCUUCAAGCAGAAUCUCACAUCUCACGUCGGCCCAACAACUCUGGCUGUAAGUCGCCCUUUUCAUCGGGUUUAUUAUCCGCAUUCAACAAUGGGUCGUAUAUAACCCCCAGAUGAAUUGAUGGAAGGAAGCGUGACCACGGAGUAGACUCCGAUGAGGUUAUCUCGAAGCGAAAUCCCCGCUUCUAACGAUUCCAGGUGUUCGUCAGCGCUCACUACGCCGGGGACGAUCUGGUGCCCAAGUUCCGGAAUGGGGAACACUGGAAGAAGGUCUUCGGACCCAUCUUCAUCUAUCUCAACUCGACCGAGAGAGGAGCCGAUGAUUCUCACAGAUCGAUUCUCUGGCAGGACGCCGAGAAACAGGUCUUGGUUUUCCCAAAAAAAAAACAUUGCUUGAUUAAUAUAGAAAUUACGGGAAAAUGGCGUCCCUCUCUUGUUCUUCUUGUUCUUCUUGUUCUUUCGUGUCUUAGAUGCGGACUGAAGUAGAGAGCUGGCCGUAUGAGUUUCCGAAUUCUGAGGACUUACCGAAGGCCGAUCGCAGAGGUUCUGUCAGUGGCAGAUUACUCGUCCGAGACAGGUAACCGGAUACGUUAAUCUCUGCGCUGACAUUUACAAUCCCACGAGAAGAAUUUUCCCCCGCUAGCGUUGACUUAUCGGCGUCUUUCCUCUCCUUACCGCCCUCAAGAUACGUCUCAGAGGGAGACCUACCGGCUGACUCGGCCUACGUCGGUCUGGCUCCGCCUGGAGCACCUGGAUCAUGGCAGAGGGAGAGCAAGGCCAGUGAAGCUUACCCUCUUACAUUGUUUAGAGAUAGAAUCUUGUCGCAGACAUCAGCGCCGCAUCUUCUUCAUUUUACUUUGCUCCUGAUUCGUGAUCUAGAGCUAUUUCAACAUCAUUUACGGACUAGUGGGUAUGUGUGUUUAGGGCUACCAGUUCUGGACGAGGGCUGACCCCGACGGGUUCUUCCGCAUUACCAACAUAAGGGCCGGGGAGUACUGCCUCAACGCGUGGGUUCCUGGUUUCAUCGGUGACUACCAGCGCGAGGCGGCCGUCACCAUAGCCACUGGUAAAGAACAGCCUGAUAUCGCCGAAUUAUUAGAAGAAUUUUGUCAGGGAUGCCCAUGUCAGUAUUGAUCGAUUAUCUAUCUAUCCAGGGUGUGAGAUCGAUCUUGGAGAGCUCGUGUACGAGCCGCCAAGGGAUGGCCCGACUUUGUGGCAGAUCGGCGUUCCCGACCGAUCUGCGGCGUUCUACGUUCCCGACCCGAAUCCCAACUACGUCAACAAGCUCUACGCCAACCAUCCGGACAGGUAAGUAAAGCCCUGAUGGGCACUUUGCAAGGCGCUGAGCGCGCCAUCUGUCGGUAAAUGGGUCAACGGUGAGGAGGUCCAGAGCGUCUAAAUCACGUUGACUUUGCUCGCGGCAGGUUUCGGCAGUACGGCUUGUGGGAGAGGUACGCCGAGUGCUACCCAAAGGAGGAUCUCGUUUAUACUGUCAGCGCCUGCGAUUACAGGAAGGACUGGUUCUUCGCUCAGGUCACUCGGUAUGAUCUGAAAAUCUUGGCGGCAAAGCCUUCUGAGACCUGUUCCACAGAUGUUCAUAGAUGGAUGAAUGGAUGGAUGGAUGGAUAGACUACUUGGGCUUCGGACUUGCAGGAAGAACGGCGACUCGGGAUCCUACGAAGGCACAACGUGGCAGGUCAAGUUCAAGCUGGAUUGCGUCGUCCCCCGCGGAUCGUACACGCUGAGGAUAGCCCUCGCCUCCGCUGCGCUUGCCGAAUUGCAAGUAAGCCUGCCUCUCUCUCUCUCUCUCUCUCUCUCUAGGAUUUAUCCAUCUUCCCCACCAUUUUUAUUGAGGAUUGACCGACUGAGGGGAUUUGCAUGAAAGGUGCGAUUCAAUGACCCAACGGCGAGGCCUCCCCACUUCUCAACGGGCCUGAUCGGCAGGGACAACUCGAUCGCAAGGCACGGCGCCCACGGUCUCUACUGGCUGUUCAACGUCCCGGUGCAGAGCGGCUGGCUCCUCGCUGGGGACAACACCCUCUUCCUUACCCAGCCCCGCUGCGCCAGCCCCUUCCAGGGGCUUAUGUACGACUACCUCCGCUUCGAAGGCGACCCCGCCUGCCCCUGA